AUGGAUCAGUGGGACCGCCGCUGUCGUGUGGCCACUUGUACAGUUAACAACUGGGCGUUGGACUUUCGAGGAAACUAUGAAAGAAUCGUGAAAACUUGCUCUGAAGCAUCUGAACUUGGAGCUCGUAUACGAUUGGGUCCUGAGCUUGAAAUUCCUGGUUAUGGAUGCGCUGAUCACUUUUUUGAACUUGAUACUGAAAGACAUUCAUGGGAAAUGCUGAGCAAGUUGGUGGAAAAAAGCAAAGAAUGGCCGAAUCUGCUGGUUAUCACUGGAUUACCAACACGAUUCCGUGGGCUAUUAUAUAACUGUGCAGCCGCAUUCAAGAAUGGGCGACUUCUAUUCAUUCGUGCAAAAAUGGGGCUGGCAGAUGAUAAUGUUUAUAGAGAAUCAAGAUGGUUUGUCAAAUGGACCGAAACAUUCAAGCACUAUCAGAUGCCAUUAAACUCAGAAUUUUACUUUGAACAGAGCUAUGUUCCUUUCGGUGACGGAAUACUCGAAUCUUCUGACAAUGUACGUGUUGGUUUCGAAAUUUGCGAAGAGUUGUGGUCAGCACGCUCAACAAAUAUCAGAUUAUCUGAACAAGGCGUUGAUAUAAUGUGUAAUGGAUCAGGAAGUCAUCAUAUUCUCGGAAAGUCAAAUUACCGUAUUAACCAACUCAUUCUUGGGUCAUCUGCAAAAGUUGGCGGGGUUUAUCUAUAUGCAAAUCAUCGUGGAUGUGAUGGAGAUCGAGUUUAUUACGAUGGAGCGUCGACAAUUGCACAAAACGGAGAUUUGUUGGCACAAAUUCAUCAAUUUGAUAUUGAAGAUACCUGUGUUACCACGGCCAUCGUAGAUUUAUCUGAUAACUCUACCUUCCGUCAAAUGAAAUCAAGUAAUAGAGGAAAUGCAUCAGAUCAGAUAACCGUGGUUCCUAUAAGAUUUGAAGGAAAUAUGAUUGGAGGUGUGAAGUUCAAUGAGAAAUGUACCGAACCAAUUACAAAUGUGGAAGAACUCCAGCUGUCACCUAUUGCUGAAUUGUGUCAUGGGCCACCAGCCUAUCUAUGGACUUAUUUAAGAAGAAGUGGAAUGGCUGGAUACUUCAUUCCACUUUCCGGUGGACAAGAUUCAUCUGCAGUUGCAGCAAUGGUUCGAUUGAUGUGCGAGAAAGUAUGUGGGGCUGUCAAAAGAAGACGAGAAACUGAUGGUGGAGACGACCCGGCUUAUUAUUUGGGUGGGAAGAAGGUUGUAGAAGAUCCUGCCGAGCUGUCUGGUCCACGUGGUCCUGGCUGUCCUGGUUGUCCUGGCUCUCCUGGUGCUCCUGGUUGUGGCUCUCCGUUGCUUCCGUUCUCUCCUGGUGGUCCAGCUGGUCCUGGCUUUCCUCCUGGUCCUGGUGGUCCGGCUGGUCCCUUGUUUCCUGGUUCUCCAUUUGGUCCUUCUGGUCCUGGUGGUCCUGGUGGUCCGAGUGGUCCCUUGUUUCCAUCUGGUCCUGGUGGUCCGGCUGGUCCUGGUGGUCCCUCUGGGCAUGGCUUGCAUGGUGGUGGAGUGAUUGGCUCACAUGGCUCCUUUGGUGGUCUUCCUGGAUUUCCGUUGAGCCCUGGAGCUCCUGGCUUUCCUGGUCUUCCGACUCUUCCUGGAGUUCCUGGUGGUCCUUGA